AUGCGCCCCUCCCACCUCCUAACGCUGCUGCUCCUGGCAGCGCCCUCGUUUUCGUCGACUGCGUGGGCGCAUAUCUUCGAGCGACAAGAACAGACAUAUACCGAUUCUGGCAUUGGAAUUGGGGUUGGUGCUGGAGUGACAAUUACCAUUACAGACACGAACACUGAGACAGUUACCAUCACCGAAGGCGAGACCUGCGCAACCACCAACCCCCCGACUCAGACGAUUACCGUAACUGACGGCGACUCUGGCCUGGGAGUUGGAGUCGGUGCCGGUGUGACAAUCACCGAGGGUGUUACUGUCACCGCGACAGUGACUCUCGGUCUGGGUCUUGGUGGUGACCACGACCACGACCACUGGCCAACCUGGCCUUGGCCCUGGCCAACCGAUGCGUCCACGGUGACUGUGACUGUGACUCCUGAGCCUACUACUAUCACGAUCACUCCGGACCCGACGACCGUUACCGUCCCUGGUGAGGAGACGACCGUUACGGUUCCUGGAGAAGAGACAACGGUCACAGUGCCUGGAGAAGCGACAACAGUUACUGUCCCCGGGGAGGAGACAACAGUUACUGUUCCUGGCGAGGAGACAACCAUUACCGUCCCUGGAACAACCGUUACUGUCCCUGGCGAAGAGACAACUGUUACUGUCCCCGGAGAAGUGACAACUGUUACAGUUCCUGGAGAAGGGACAACUGUUACAGUUCCUGGAGAAGGGACAACGGUCACAGUGCCUGGAGAAGAGACAACUGUUACUGUUCCUGGCGAGGAGACAACAAUUACUGUCCCUGGGGAGGAGACGACGGUCACAAUUCCUGGAACGGUCACAACGCUGCCUGGAGAGACCACAACCAUCUCUGGAUCGGUCACUACUCUUCCUCCAGUUACCACAACGCUCCCACCGGUUACUACAACCAUUCCAGGGUCGGUAACUACAAUCCCAGGGUCAGUGACAACCCUACCUGGCGUCACAACUACAAUAUCAGGAUCGGUCACUACCAUUCCUGGCUCAGUGACAACUAUUCCUGGUUCUAUCACCACGAUACCUGGGUCCGUCACCACCGUCCCUGGUGAGACUGUUACUCGAACCACUACGGUGACUGGCCCGACUGGCGUUGAAACUGUGGUAGUAACUGAAGUCAUCACCACUACGGUCAUUGGCACCGAGACUGGCCCUGGUACGACCGUCACGAUCACUCUAACUGACAACGAACCUGGCACUACUGGAACCGUCACCGAACCGGGAACAACAGUCACAGUUACCACCUGUUCGCCCCUAGUUUCCAACCCAACAUACACUCCACCUGCACCGCUCCCCCGUGACUACACCUGGGGCUGUCCACCAGGAUAUCUGUGCAGGCCUCGUCGUCUUGACGUCGCUGGCCAGUGUAACUUCGAACCAGGGCUACCGGCAGAAGGCUACGUCUGCCGGCCCGAGGAGUGCAUCCCAGCCCCGCCGUACAUCGAAGACCAAUACUGGGGCGAGCCAGUAGACUCCGACGAAGUUGGGACCUGGAACGUCACCCAGGGCUACUUCAACCUGAACCCCGAACAGUUCGGCCUGAACUACUCCAUCUUCCGAUUCCCCGACGGCCACGGCGGAUAUACUGCGCGCCAGAAGAGGACCUCCGUCCCCAUCUCCAGCGGUGGCAUUUUGUCACGGCUGCUACGACGCCAGCAGGAUGUAAUUACCGAAUCAGACUUCCCCGAUGUCUGCUACGACGAAUGUAACAAUGCUGCAUACGAGGCCGAGAAAACUGGAAAAGACCCGAGUCUUUGCGACGCUGAGUCGGCGUUCACGAACCUUUUAGGGCAGUGCUCUGGCUGUAUCGAGAAAUGGAGUGAUGACGACGAGGGCUCCGACAGCGAUGACGAUUCCAAUUUCAUUCCUCCCGAAUUUUCGCAGUUCCUUAACUACUGCGCGGAGCAAGGCGAUGACUCGGAUCCUACCAGUGAGCCCAUCACCACGCCGGGCCCGACAUCGACCUCCUCGGAUUCUGAGAGUGAGACUACGCAGACUUCAUCGUCGACAACAGACACUGACACCACAGCAACAGACACCACGACUGAGCCACCAAGUAGUACGUCCAGCAGCCCCAGCUCGACAGAUACUGAUUCCGCGUCUACGUCUGCGUCUGCAACUGCGACUUCUGAUUCAACCUCGUCUGCUUCAUCUUCUGAUUCUGAUUCGUCUUCUACUUCUACUUCUCCUUCUGAUUCUGCGUCUACUUCUGCGUCUACUUCGUCUGACUCUGAUUCUGGCUCCGGUUCUGACUCUACAUCCGCUACACCCACAGGCACAGAUACAGAUACCACGCCGACCGACUCGGCCUCCAACGCGCCGCCGCAGACCGCUGGUCCUAGCUCGUCAACUCCUGUCAUACCAGGCGGGUCUCCCACCGGCUCUGCCCCGAGUGACACCCCGUCGCCGCCGAUCUUCACCGGUGCUGCGUCCUCGCACGUCGUGCCGAUGUACUGGGGUAUUAUCCCGAUAGUGGCUGGGCUGGUUGUCUGA